UAUGGGUAAUAACUGCGGACACAGUUGCAAUUACUAUCAUGUCCAUAUUUUUGGAAAACGGGCAGAAGAAUUCAGCCUAAGGUCAUUACAGAGCCAGAGUGAAGUUUUAGCAAUGCAAAGGGCAACAAGUUUCUGUUUUGCAAUUUUGGCCGUCAAAAUGUGUAUGAGCAAGCGCUUCGACAAAAGUCCUCAAAGUCCUGAAGAAAUGAAACUGAGAAGUCUUUGGAUUGAAGGAGUAGAUAAAAUCAAAGACACAACGGGCCUUCCAAAAGGUUUUGACCGAUCCAAGGAAACAGAUGUCAUCAUACACGGAUACCUUGUAAACAGCUAUCUACCGAUCUUGCAAACCUUAGCUCGACAACUGAAAAAAAAAAAUCACAACGUUUUGAUGAUUGACUGGGAGCUUGGUGCUCAUAGGAACUACGCUCAGGCCGCCGCUAACACUGAAACUGUCGGGGCAUUUGUGUACCAAGUUCUGAAAAAGAACAAAAUUCCCUGGAACAAAGUCCAUAUCCUGGGUCAAGGACUGGGUGCCCAUGUCGCUGGGGAAACCGGAAAAUUAUCGAAAGCGAAAAUAGGCAGAAUAACUGGUCUAGAUCCAGCUGGACCACUUUUUGAGACAUCUCCUUUCGGGAUAAAGAAACGAUCUGCUCAGUUUGUGGAUGUCAUUCACACAGAUUCAAGGCCGAAUGGUUAUGGGAUUCGAAAGCCAUGUGGUCACAUGGAUAUUUAUGUUAAUGGCGGAAGAAGACAACCAGGAUGUACCUAUAAUCCAAAGAAUCCAGUAAAUAUCAACAAUCUUAAAAAGACGACUUUGCACAAAGGCUGUGGUCACCUGAAGGCGGUUGGAUACUAUAUCGAGACUAUUAAGGACAACUGCAAGCUGAGAGCGUGCGAAUGUACUUUUAAGAGAUACCUUGCAUCGAAGUGUAGUCGGGAAAACUGCGUGUUCUGGGGUGAUGACGCAACAAAAAGCGCCACAGGGACGUUUUAUGGCGUCACAGCCACUUCCUUUCCAUACUGCAGAACAAAUGGAAAAGAGUGAGGAUUUAUUCCUGUUUCAACAAGCGAACUUGUUUUUCUUUUUUUUUUUUAAAAUCGAAUUUGCCUCUUUGCAAUUUAUCUUUGAAUUAAGAUUGCAUCUCUAGACACACUUUGCAUAGUUAUUUCUUUUAUUCUGCUUUUAAACAUAAUUCCAUCUUCUGACUAUAUUCCUAUACUUCAAUAAAUUGCUCGCAUCCGA